GAAAUGUGAUUCUUCAAACUAGAGGGGCCAAAAUGUAGAUAUGAAAGAACUCAGGGGUGGUAAAUACUAAAUACGUAAAUGAAAUUUGUACUAUUGUUUUGAUCUUUUCUCUUUUAUUAUUCUCGCUGUCAUUUUCUUUUUCCCGUGUCACUCAGAUUUCCCUUCCUUUUUGGAAUCUCCUUCCAUGUUGUCACCAAUAAGAAAAAUAAAUAAAAUAUUUUUAAAUUCAAAUGGCUCUCACUCCCACGAAGCUUCGCCACCCUCCGGAAUUGAAUGUGUUUGGAACGGUGUAGAAUUGAAGGAAGUAAUUGGUAUCCAGAGGAAGAGAAAGAAGAGGAAAGAGGAUAAGUUAUUAUUUUGCAGCAUGAAGCAGCAGCUACCUGGCGUUGAUGCUAAAUUGCAGAAGAUUGCAGAUUCUAACAUGGAUGAAGCACCCGCUAGAAGACGUGCCCGUGAAGCCUUCAAAGAUAUUCAGCUUAAUAUUGACCAUAUACUCUUCAAGACUCCAUGUGAUGGACUAAAAAUGAAAGAGUCAUACGAGGUGAAUUCAAGGGGCAUUGAAAUAUUCUGUAAGAGUUGGCUUCCUGAGGCAUCCAAGCCAAAAGCAACAGUGUUUUUCUGUGAUGGAUAUGGAGACAUCUGCACUUUUUUCUUUGAAGGCAUAGCUAGGAAGAUAGCAUUAGCUGGAUACGGGGUCUUUGCUAUGGAUUAUCCUGGAUUUGGCCUUUCACAAGGCCUCCAUGGCUAUAUCCCUAGUUUUGAUGGUCUUGUUGAUGAUGUCAUUGAACAUUACUCCAAAAUCAAAGCUGUCUUAGGCAAUUGCAUAACUAGAAUUAAAGCAUCAAACGUAUGAUGUGCAUUAGGAAACUAUGAUGUGCAGCAACCCCAAGGGUUACAUUAACAUUGCAGAGUUGAGAAAGGCCGCAGAAACUCACAAGGACAACUUAUCAGCACUUAUGGUAAAAUUUGCUUCCUAUAUAUUGAUACUUGUAUAUUCCAGUUAUAUAAGCAAAUUGACAUUAUUGUCAAACUUUGAGCCUUUUUUAUACUAAGUUUGGUUAUGAUUUGAUUGUAGGUAACGUAUCCCUCAACCUAUGAAUGUACCUACGGGCUUAGAUUAUUCCUGCGAGGCUGCGACCACUUUGAGCCUUUUCUUACUUUUCAUGAGAUAUACUUCAGUUCUAUGAAUGUACCUACGGGCUAGAUUAUACUUCAGUUCUAUUUUCUUUUAAAGGAAAAUGGAUGAUUGUAGGCUCAAUGUCAACAAUGAUGAAUUCUGUCUUAAAUAUUACAACCAGAGUGCAUAUAAGCUGUUAUCCAAAGACUUUGCGAAUCCUUGCAGCAUAGACCAAUAUGCUAUGAUAUGUGCACGACAGUGAUGCAAUAUUAGAAUAUUUCUAAAAAAGUCUUGCCUCUUCCUCCUCCCUCAAGUGAAUAAUAAUUGUGUUACUUUAUUUUAUGAUUGAUGUUGUAUUCUGUAGUUUUAUAUGAUUAUUUGUAUGAAGUAUAUUGUAUUAUAUAACUUAAGAUAGAUCAAUUAUUUGUAUGAUUAUUUUUUA